AUGUCCAGCGCAUCGAAAGGCCCAAUCGAAACGACGAUAGCGCAGAAGCUCCAAACGACGUUCAACCCCACUUUUCUCGAAGUGCGCAACGACUCCCACAAGCACGCGGGCCAUCACGGGCUACGAGGCGCUGCUAAUACCACGGAGUCGCAUUUCUACGUCAAAUGCCAAAGCGAGGUGUUUAAUGGGAAGAACUUGCCUAGCAGGCAUCGGUUGGUGUAUAGCUUGCUCGAUGACGAGUUUAAGAACCAUGGGUUGCAUGCCUUGCAGAUGAAAUUGAAAGGCACGGACGAGAAGAUCAAUUGA